GGGCUCCGGCAUUGGCCCGGACGCCGCAGGCAGGUUCGACGGCGCUCGCAGGGCAGUCAGCUGACCUUGCCUGGACCGUCCACUCCCCCUCGGAGCUGAUCCGGCUGUGCCGCCGCCGCCGCCGCCGUCGCGGUUCCGCUGCCUGUGCUGCCUGCGCUGCCUCCGGCGAUGGCGGGCGAGGGCGGCUGCUUGGCGCUCCUCUGCGGCUGGGCUGCAGCGGCCGCCGUCCUGUGGCCCGCCGGGGCCGCGCUGCGAGACGGGGCGUCGUCCGGCGCGGGAGAUCCGGAGGGCGGGGGGCCGGCGGCGGGGGUGCCCUGCCCGCCGUGCCCCCAGGUCCUGGGCUUCCGCCUGGAGGACGGCGCCGCGGCCUCGGGGGGCCUGGUGCGCGCCCUGCCGGGAGCCACCUUCCGCCUGCGCCUCUACGGCACCGGCCUGCACAACCGCAGCUGGCCCUGGGCGGCCUUCGUGCCGGAGGAGGCGCCGUGCGGGGGCCCCCCGGGGGACCCCCAAGGCACGCCCGCGCCCGCCGGGGCCCCGCAGGUGCUGGCCCUCCACCUGCUGCCGGCCGGCGAGCACGCCGCCCUGGUGACGGUCAGGGUGGCCCCCGGGGGCCCCCGCGGGCGGUACCGCCUCUGCAGCCCGGCGGGGCCAGGGCGCCAGUGGGCCCCCGCCGCCCCCGGAGAUGCUAUCCUGGUGACGGAGGACGAAGGCGGGGGUGGCCGGGCGGCGGCCGAGGCGUGGCCCCCGCCCUUGGCCCCCUGGCUGCUGGGCACCCUGGUGGCCCUGCUCCUGACCCUGCUGGCCCUGCUGCGCACCUUGCAGCUCAGCACCUUGUGGCUGGACCCGGCCGAGCUGUACGUGCUGCGGGACUGUGGCUCCGAGGCCGAGCGGGGGGCCUCCAAGGCGCUGGAGCCCGUGCGGCAUCGGGGGACCUUUGUCCUGUGUUCUCUGCUGCUCUUGAGCGCCUUGGCCCAUGCCGCCCUAGCCGUGCUCUUCUACCGGGCCGUGGGGGCGCUGGCCCCUGCCAUCCUCGGCGUGGCCGCCUUGUCCUUCCUGCUGGCCGAGGUGCUGCCCUUUGCCGUCAGCUCCCGCUGGGGGCUCUCGCUGGCCCCGCGUGUGCUGUGGCUGACCCAGUUCUUCAUGCUGCUGACCUUCCCCAUCUCGCUGCCGCUCAGUCGGGUGCUGGAGCUGGCCUUGCGGCACGACAGCAGCACGUCGCUCUUGCGGGAGAAGAUCCUGGACAUGGUCCGCAACAGUGACCCCUACAACGAGUUUGUGCGGGAGGAGUUCAGCAAGGGGGCCCUGCGGAACAAGACGGUGGAGGACAUGCUGACCCCGCUGGAUGAGUGUUUCAUGUUGAACGCCAACGCGGUGCUGGACUUCAACAACAUGUCCAUGAUCAUGCAGAGCGGCUACACCCGCAUCCCGGUGUAUGAGGAGGAGCGCACCAACUUGGUGGACAUGCUUUAUGUCAAGGACUUGGCCUUGGUGGACCCUGAUGACUGCACCCCUCUAAGCACUAUCAUCAAGUUUUACAAUCACCCGCUUCACUUUGUCUUCAAUGACACCAAACUGGAUGCUGUGUUGGAGGAGUUCAAGAGAGGGAAAUCCCACAUGGCCAUUGUCCAGAAGGUGAACAACGAAGGGGAAGGGGACCCGUUCUACGAGGUCAUGGGGUUGGUGACCCUGGAAGACGUCAUUGAAGAGAUCAUAAAGUCGGAGAUCAUGGAUGAGUCAGACGACUACAGGGAGAACCGGUUGAAGAAAAAGCCGCCUCCGCUUGGGACGUUGAUGGACCGCCGGAAAGAAGAUUUCUCCUUGUUCAAAGUUUCCGACAAUGAGUACAAGGUGAAAAUCUCCCCUCAGCUACUCCUAGCUACUCAGCGCUUCUUAUCUAGAGAGGUGGAUCUCUUCAGCCCAGGCCGAAUUUCAGAGAAGGUCCUGUUGCAUCUGUUGCAGCACCCCAGCGUCAACCAGGAAGUGAAGUUUGAUGACUGCAAUCGCUUGGCCGCUGAACAUUACUUGUAUCAGCGCAACCAGCCGGUCAAUUACUUUGUCCUCAUCCUGCAGGGCAGGGUUGAAGUCGAGAUUGGGAAGGAAGGGCUGAAGUUUGAAAAUGGCGCCUUCACCUAUUAUGGCGUCUCAGCACUUACCGCUCCUUCUUCAGUCCAUCAGUCCCCAGUGUCCACUCUGCGGAUGAAUCGCCGUGAACAGCAGGUUGACUGCCCAGAGCCCACCAAUUAUUCGGCAUACUGCCCCGAUUACACCGUCCGGGCCCUCACCGAUCUGCAGUUCAUCAAGGUCACCCGCUUGCAGUACCUCAACGCUCUUAUGGCCUCAAGGAUACAGAACUCGCCCCAGUCCCCGGAGGCUGUGGAUCUGAAAAUUAUCCCCAGCAGCCAGACGAAGCUCCUCAACGACAAAAACACGGCAGCAGGUGGGCCCUUUCACCUCUGGGGCCAGCGGUUGGGACCCUCCCCUGAUUUCACGCCCAUUUGGCUCUCGGCAGCCCCUCCAGCUGACCGCAGAAGCCUUGGCCCCCAAGAGCUCGCAGCCUCCUCCAGCACCGAAGACGGAAGCGAGGAAGGGAAAUCCAAGGGCUGGUGGGCAUCUUAACGAUAGACUAUGGAGGGAAGGGGCUGCCUGGAUUGGGGAAAGGGACUUGUGAGGGAAAGGAGAACGAGCUUUGGGGAGCUAGAGAGCGUCAAGAGAAGGUGAUGGGGCAGGAGGAGUGGAUAAUGCCCAGGUGGGGCGGCUCACAUCCAGGCAUUUGGUGGGGUGCCCCACGUGGCUUCCGAAGAGCCUCUAUCCUUGGAGCUCUUGGCCCGGGCACAGCUGUUCUUCAAAAGUCUCUUUCUGUGCCUCUGCUUCCAGGAGCUAAACGCUCUUCCUCCUGUUUCUGUUUCUUCCUUCUUCCUUCCAGCCUUCCCGCUAAAUCUCUCUUUCUUUGGCAAAAUUGAAAACUGCAUUUAACACAGGCCUCUCUGCCAUAGCCUGGAGUCCCUUUCUUUUUUUUUUUAAACCACAAG